AUGGACUAUACCCCCCGUCACAAUCAGCCGUUCACCCUUGAGCAGGCUGUUCACCUCGAUGUGGCGAUAAUUACCGAGGAGAUCUCGCGUCUCCAGAACUCCCUUCAGCACCUGAAGGAGACGCAGGAUCUUUUACGGUCACAUCUGCAAUCAGAAGCAGACCCAGACUUGCAGCAAGCGCUGAACGAGAAUGAGGAGGUUAUAGGCUCUCAAACCGAACGCAUAUCCAUCCUCCGCAUGGCCCUCACACAGAAGGGCAUACUUGGCACGUCAUCGCACUAUGACACUUUCCCUCCGACCGGCCCUGCGCAAGCACAACCGCAAACACGAGAAUCGGCACCCUCACCUUCUCAGCCUCCUGCCCCUACUUCCGCCGCUGCCAAUGGUGUCAACGGCGCGGGCGAGCAGAGCGAGACAUCAGACGAGGACGGCGGGCUUCAUCUAUGA